AAGUCAACUCCUGGAUUCGAGGAUAAAACAGGUGCGACGAUCAUCUGAAGUUUCAGCCGGAAGUUUUCCAAUUUCCAUUUCGCAUGUUCUGCAUCUGUUGUCAUGUCUGCUGAUAUACCACAAGAAUAUCUUAGAUAUAAAGAUAAAGUUGCAAUAGUGACAGGUGGUAGCAAAGGAAUUGGAGAGGGUUGUGUGCGAGUUUUUGUCAGACAUGGUGCUAAAGUAGUGUUUUGUUCAAGAGGAGAAAAUGAAGGAAGACAACUUGAGGAGGUUGUGAACAAGACUGGUCCAGGUGAAUCUUUGUAUGUGAAAUGUGAUAUCUCGAAGGAAGAUGAAAUAAAGAACCUGAUUGAUACGACAGUUGAAAAGUAUGGACGUAUAGACUGCCUGAUAAAUAAUGCUGGUUGGCAUCCCCCAUUCACAAGAAUUGAUGAUUUUUCGGCUGAUGACUUCAGAAGCCUGUUAAAUCUCAACCUCGUCAGUUACUUUAUUGCUGGCAAGUAUGCACUUCCUCAUCUCCGUAAGACAAAGGGCAACAUAAUCAACAUGUCCAGUCUUGUUGGUCAGCUAGGACAACUAGGCUCAAGCACUUAUGUGGCAACAAAGGGAGGUAUCAGUGCAUUGACAAGAGCAUUGGCUGUUGAUGAGGCAGAACAUGAAGUCAGAGUUAACACUGUGUCUCCCGGUAAUGUCUGGACCCCCCUCUGGAAUGAUGCUAGCAAGGAUUCAGAUGAUCCUGCAAUGAUGAAGGAAGCUGGAGCUGACGCACAGCUACUUGGACGGUUUGGCACAAUUGAAGAGACAGGGGAACUGUGUCUUUUCUUGGCUGCUGAGGGAACAUUCAUUACAGGCAUUGACGUACCAUUUUCAGGAGGCGCUGAACUAGGCUACGCCUGUAAGACAAGGAUUGGUAAUAAAAAAGGUGUAUACUAAACCUGACGAGGAUGCUAAGCUUGUUUAUUCUAAGACAUUUUUCUUACGUGGUGCUUUAUGAUUAUAGUCCCUCUAGAUCUUAGAGAGUUAGUCACACACUUACAAAUGUACUGAGGCUAAUGAGCUGUGAAAAUAUCCUACUACUUCCUGUUUCUUCAGCAAUAGGCCUAGCUGAGCAAAGAUACCAUUGUAAGUUGUGAUAGAAGACAUACCCUAACCUUUAUAUCAUUGCUGUCUUGAAUAAUUUUGCUAUGCUCAAUGUGAUUUAAAGUCGAAUAUUUAUUUAGAACCGGUGAUUUUAUUACAAUAUUUAUAUGAUCUUUGUGGAGUUCAGUGGUGCUGCUCAGUAUAAUAACUUGCAUGUGUACCUGGUAGAGGCUGUCACUGUCGGCAAGCAUGCAUUUAUAUUAGUCUAUGCUUUGUAUUAGUCUAUGUAAGCUGUUAAGCUGUGUCAAAAUAUUCCAGUCAUAUCGACCACUUCCAGUCACUAUUCCAAUGCAAUUCCUACAUGUAUUUGUCUACAUAUCAUAUCAAAAGACCAGGCAUUUAGUUCAUCGUUGUCUUGAACUAUAUGAAGUCAAAAUUACAAUAAAAGAUUUCAUGUUUAUG